AUGACAGGAUCAGAAACCCAGCGAAAGCUGGUCGUUGGAACUCGCAAGUCCAAACUUGCCAUCGUGCAGGCAGAGCAUGUCUCCGCCGUGCUGGCGAGCGCCCACCCUCAGAUCCAAUUUCCGUGGCAAACAGUCUCUGUCAGUGGCGACGUAGACAAGCAAACCCCGUUCUUGAAAUUCGGGGGGCCAUCGGAUGCGGGCAAGAAUAUCUGGACUGAGGGGCUGGAGGCUAAAUUAAGCUCUGGCGAAGUGGAUCUGCUCGUGAAUUGCCUGAAGGACAUGCCUACUGUUCUUCCCGACGACUGUUUUCUGGGGGCGAUUGUCCACCGGGAGGACCCAACAGAUGCACUGGUGGUCAAGGCGUCCCUGAAAGACCAGUAUACCGACCUAUCCCAAUUACCGCCGGGAUCUGUCGUGGGUACGAGUUCCACCCGGCGAAAGGCCCUUCUCAAAUACAAGUAUCCUCAUUUGGAAAUCCAGGAAUGCCGCGGGAACAUUGACUCUCGUAUUCGGAAACUGGAUGAGCCGGGAGGCCCUUAUACCGCUAUAAUUCUGGCAACAGCGGGCUUGAAUCGAAUCCACUUGACUGAGCGCAUCACCAAGCAUCUGCCACCGUCCGAGUUCCCUUACGCCGUUGGCCAAGGCGCUCUCGGCAUCGAGGUGCGCAAAGAUGAUGCUCAGGUUUUGAACGUUGUGCGAGCCAUCGAAGAGCCGCUCACCAGAUGGAUCUGCCUGGCUGAACGAGCACUCCUCCGGACGCUCAAAGGAGGAUGCUCCUCUCCCGUAGCUGUCAACAGCGUUGCUGAAAGUGGCAACAACGUGCGGCUUCAAGCUAUGAUCAUCCACCCGCAUGGCGUGAGAAAGGUCUCUGGUGAGGCUGUGGCGGUGCUGAAGAACGAUACUGAUGCAGAGGCACUGGGGAGCUCCCUGGCCAAGCGCUUGGAAGGUGAAGGCGGGUUAGAAUUAUUAGAAGAGAUCCGUCUGCUGAAUGAGGCAGAGAUGAAUGCGGGGCAAAGCAAGCGUUAA